UUGUUAGAUUUUUUAAUUUGUCAAAUGGACGCAAUCUCACCCUUCCAAAUUUACCUUUGUCUGCCUUAUAAUUUUCCUUCGAACUUGCAACUCAAAUCCUGAUAGUGUUGAAUUUUAAUUUUAUUAUUUACUAAAAAAAUGAAUUCUCUCUCCACAUCUUCCACAGUUUCUUCUUCGUCUACCUCUUCGGCUUCUUCCACUUCUUGGUUUUCCGGCAUUGUUAGAGGCCGCCAGGACAGGUCCUCCUCCCUCAAGGCGGCCGGUAGCUACUCCGAAGGUGGUGGCGAAGCCUCCGAUUUCGAAGGACCCAUCAAGGGCAAGAACCAGUUCCGUGGUGUGCUCUUUAAGUAUGGACCCAAGCCCAUUCAGGUUGCAUUCAAAACAGGUGACUAUAACCAACAAGUUAUUUUCAUUGGUGGACUGACAGAUGGAUUUCUAGCAACUGAAUACUUGGAACCUCUUGCAAUUGCUUUGGAUAAUGAGAAAUGGUCACUUGUUCAACUACUCAUGUCAUCUUCAUAUACUGGAUAUGGCACCUCCAGCUUGCAACAAGAUGCCAUGGAGAUUGAUCAGCUUAUCAGUUAUCUAAUCAACAAAGAAAAUUCUGAAGGUGUGGUCCUACUUGGUCAUAGCACUGGCUGUCAGGAUAUUGUGCAUUACAUGCGCACAAAUGCAGCUUGUUCCCGAGCAGUCCGUGCUGCCAUUUUGCAGGCUCCAGUUAGUGAUAGAGAAUACAAAGCUACACUUUCUGAAACAGCUGCUCUGAUUGACUUGGCUUCAAGCAUGAUAAUGGAAGGACGGGGUUCAGAGUUAAUGCCUAAGGAAGCAGAUCCAUCUUCGCCUAUAACUGCUUAUAGAAUUCCAGUGCCUUGCAGAUAUAAUUCCCUGUGUGCCUACAUGGGGGAUGAUGACAUGUUCAGUUCCGACCUUAAUGACAACCAGCUUAGAAUGAGACUUGGACACAUGGCUAACACUCCUUGCCAGGUUAUCUUUUCCAUGGAUGAUGAAUAUGUGCCAGAGUAUGUUGAUAAGAAAACAUUAGUUGAAAGAUUGUGCAGAGCUAUGGGUGGUGCAGAGAAAGUCGAAAUUGAAUAUGGGAAUCACUCCCUCUCUAACAGAGUCCAUGAAGCUGUGCAGGCAAUUAUUGACUUUGUUAAACGAGAAGGACCCAAAGGCUGGGAUGAUCCAUGGAGCUAAUGCUUUGAUAUUUUAUACUUUGAUUUUCUCUUUGGUUUUUUGUGUUCUUUUUGUCUUAUUCUCUCUUUUCGCUAUUAAUUCAUCAUUUUCAUUCUUAAUCAUGCUCAGUGAUUUGAUUUUUCAUAACAUAUAUAGCUAAAGCUGUGUGAAUCUCAUCCCCAGGUUAGUUUGAAAGAAUUUUUGUACUUUGUAUGUAAGAGCCUUGUUUUCCUUCAGAUGGAACUUGGGUGUUGGCAUGAAUUGAUUUUGUUCUUCCUUUUUUUGGUGCAAAAAGGUUUGAGGUGAGAAAAGGUUUUCUAAUUUUAAAGUCAGGACGGAUCGCAGGUCUCAGAGAAGAUUAACGUUGGAUUUAUAGAUUACCCAUCAAAGGAGAUUACUGGCAAUGAGAUUCCAAUUUAAUCAAUUUCCUUGGCAGAGUUUUGUUCUUUCCCUAUAAAGAUGGGCAGAAAUUUUCUUGUUAAUAAGUAAAUAAUAUAAAUUUGAGAGAUAAAGAUUUAACAUGUCACAUUCAAUCUAUUGGGAUUGAUAAUUUUUCAGAUUCUUUUAACAUUUGUCUAUCACUUUUUCACAAGAAAAAUCUUUUAAUAGGAUAAUUUUCUGCUCAUACUAUCUUUGCUUAUGACAUGGCAAACGAAAAUCACAAUUUUACUGAGAAAGAUCAGUAAGGGGGUGCUGUCAGCCACUGCUGUUUCUAAUCAGUCUCAUAUUUUACCUGAACAACCAGCCAAAUUCCAACAUUGAACAAAGCUUUUUGACUUUUCAGUUGUCACAAUUUAAAGCCACCAAUCAUUUUGUCACUUUUGUGUACAAGUGAUUGAAGCAAAGGAGUUGGUUCAUGCAUGUGGUGGGUGGUGGGUUGGUAACUUCCCAAUAAUGGCAUACUACUAUUGCAUUUUUCUUUUGCUUAAUUUAAGCUGAAUGUUGGAUUUGCUAAUGCAUUUGUCUUUGCCGUUGCAUCAUCUUAUAUGAAUUCAAG